AUGGAGGGGCGGCCGGCAGCCCCCGGGCCCUACCGAGCCACCAAGCUGUGGAAUGAAAUUACAAAAUACUUCCGAGCAGGGAUGCCCUUGAGGAAACACAGGCAACACUUCAAGAAGCAUGGAAGCUGUUUUACUGCCUCAGAAGCUGUGGACUGGCUCCAUGAAGUACUAAGGAACAACAGUAACUUUGGUCCUGAAGUGACCAGGCAGCAGACUGUUCAGUUACUAAGAAAGUUUCUCAAGAAUCAUGUUAUUGAAGAUAUAAAAGGGAGAUGGGGAGCUGAAAAUUUAGAAGACAAUGGUGCACUUUACAGAUUUCCUUCCACAUCUCCAGUCAAACCUCUACCAAGCUCGUGUCCACCAAAAGAGGACUUGGAAAACUUCUCUGGAGACAAGGAAAGACUUCUGAAGCUGCCACAUUUAUCCAGGAGAACUUUCAAAAAAUGGGAGUUACUGCAGUCUCUGGAAAAUAAAGGAAAACCAGACCCAGGUAUAACGGAGGAAAAGAAAGCAGACAAGCUACAUAGGAAUGCAAUAAGCCAGGAAUACAUAGAAGAAACUUGGAGAAAUGUCAUUCUAAUACAUUUACAAACCAUUUUAGGUCUCCCAUCUUUGGAAGAAGUUUUGCAGCCAACACAGAUCAUUCCUGAGUAUGUUAUAUACAACAUGACCAACACAAGCAAGCAUGGUGUUGUCAUUUUGCAGAACAAAGCAGAAGACCUCCCUCACUGGGUGUUAUCAGCUAUGAAGUGCCUCGCCUACUGGCCUAGAAACAAUGACAUGAACCAACCAACUUACAGUGGGUUUGAAGGAGAUGUCUUCAGGACAGUUGCUGAUUACUUUCUGAGUCUCCCUGAACCAUUGCUGACUUUUGAGUACUAUGAACUUUUUGUGAACAUUUUAGAUCUCCUGCAGCCUCAUUUAGAAAGGAUCGCUGUGGAAGCCCUGCAGAUCUGCUGUCUGCUGCUGCCACCACCGAAGCGCAGGAGGCUGCAGCUCCUGCUGCGCAUGAUGGCGCGGAUCAGCGGCAACGUGGAGAUGCCCCGGCUGCACGCUGCCAUGGGCACGCGCUCGCUGAUGAUCCAGACAUUCUCUCGCUGUGUGCUGUGCUGUGCAGAAGAAGUUGACCUGGAUGAGCUGCUUUCUACACGACUGGUUUCAUUUCUGAUGGACCAUCAACAGGAAAUAUUUCAAGUCCCAACUUACCUGCAGGUCGCAGUGCGAGAUCACAUCGAAUACAUGAAGGUGGCUCAGAGCAAAUGUCCAGAGGAAGAAAUUUGUGCCAUAUUGCCAACCUAUUCAUACUGCAAACAAAUAACUCCUGAGGAGUUUGAAGAACAGAAGGUUUCUACCUCACAAGCUGCGGUGGCAGAGCUCUUGGAGAACAUUCUCAAAGAUAAAAACCUCUCUGUGAAAGACAAAAAGAAAAAGUUAAAGCAGUUCCAGAAGGAAUACCCCCUCAUCUACCAGAAGAGGUUUCCUACCACUGAAAAUGAAGCCAUGCUGUUGGAGAACAAACCCACCAUCAAGCCUCCCAUGCUUAGCCUGAGGAAACCAAGAUUUCGUAGCCUCAGAUAUUAA